AUGAAGCUGAUGAUGGUCCUCUUCCUGGUUGCCUUCCCCAUGUACUGCUAUGCAGGUUCUGGCUGCCAACUUCUUCAGGAUGUGACUGAAAAAUGCAUUGAUCCUGGAGUGUCUACAGUUGAGCUGAAAGAAUUCAUUCAAAAGUACAUACCAGACAACAACACUGCAUUGGCUGUUGAUGAACUCAAACAAUGUUUUCUCAAUCAGUCAAAUGAAACUUUAGCAAAUGCCAACUUGAUGAUGAUUCUUCAGUGA